CCGGGGCCACACUGCCCCUGCCCCUGCUGUAGCCAGCGGCUGCAGCCCAGGCUCCCGCAAGGGCUCUAAGCGGCGUGGGUCCGGGCUAGGCCGGCGCCAAUGGGUCUGGAUCUUUACCAGACGCCGGCUGGGAAGCUGGAUAAGUUCAUUUUCGAUGCCCUGCAGCCCGACAGCACGUUCCUGCGCCAGGCUGGCCAAGCCAUCGACACGAUCUGUGAGUUCCUGAAAACAAACUGCUUCGCCGACCGCCCCCCGCCCCGCAUCAAGGUGCUGAAGGUUGUGAAGGGUGGCUCCUUGGGCAAAGGCACGUCCCUGAAAGGCGGUUCCGAUGCCGACCUCGUGGUGUUCCUUAGCUGCUUCAAAGGGUACAGCGAUCAGGAGACGAACCGGGCAGGGAUCAUCAAGGAGAUCGAGAGGAUGCUGGAGAAGUGCCAGCAGCAGAAGCACUUUGAGGUGUUCAUUGAGCAGUCCCGGUGGCCGAACCCCCGUGUGCUGAGCUUCAUGAUGAGUUCCAAGACGCUCAAUGAAUCCAUAGAGUUCGACGUGCUGCCAGCCUACAAUGCCCUGUCCUCGGGUGCCAAGCCUCCCUCCCAGGUGUACGAGGAGCUGAUCCAGAGCUGCUCCCGGGGGGGCGAGUUCUCCACCUGCUUCACCGAGCUGCAGCGGGAUUUCGUGGUGGAUCGCCGCACCAAAGUGAAAAGCCUCAUCCGCCUGGUGAAAUACUGGUACAAGCAGCAUGUCCGUCCAUACAAAGAGUACCUGGAAAAGGGGGAGUCCCUGCCCCCGCAGUACGCGCUGGAGCUCCUGUCUGUCUACGCCUGGGAGCAGGGCAGCAGGGAUCGGGCCUUCAACAUGGCCGAGGGCUUCCGGACGGUGCUGGAGCUGAUCCGGCAGUACAAGCAUCUCUGUGUCUACUGGACCAUCAACUACAACUUUGCAGACGAGGUCAUGGCAGGGUUCCUGCAGCAUCAGCUCCAGAAAGCCAGGCCCAUCAUCCUGGACCCAGCGGAUCCGACAGGGAUCGUGGGGGAGGGGAGCCGCUGGGACCUGCUGGCACAGGAGGCUGAGCGCUGCUGUCGCCAGCAAUGCUGCAUGGACCUCUACGGCGUUCCUGUGCAGCCCUGGGACGUGCCGCCUGAGCAAACCCUCAAAGGGAGCAGGGGCUUUGAGAUCCACACUGGAGCGCAAGAACCUCAGCCUGAGCCAGCCUGCACCAGUAACCAAGCCAUGGCCAUCCAGCAGCAGUCCCUCUGCACCAUCCUCGCAGCCUCUGUUGUUGUCUCCUCACCACCACCAGCCAUGGGGCUCUACCAGACGCCAGCUGAGGAACUUGAUACGUUCAUCAGCAAUGACCUGCAGCCCAACAGAGUUUUCAAGACCCAGAUCAGCACAGCCAUUCACACCAUCUUCCGAUUUCUGACCCAAAACUGCUUCAGAAACUCUGGCUCUGCAAUGCGGGUGCUGAAGGUAGUUAAGGCCGGCUCGUCGGGGAAGGGCACGGCCCUGAAAGACGUCUCCGAUGUGGACCUCGUCGUGUUUGUCAGCUCGAUUACAGAUUUCUGGGCCCUGAAAGCAGAACGGAAAAAAAUCAUUGAUGAAAUCCAGACAAGGCUGGAGGAGUGCAGAGAGUCCCUGGGAACAGACCUAGUGCUGAGCAUUAAGAAAACAAAGUGGGAGAACCCCCGUGUGCUCACGUUUACCCUAACAUCUAGAACCACGGACGAACAUAUUGAUUUUGACGUGCUGCCGGCUUUCGACGCUCUAGGCCAACUGUGCAGAGGCUAUAAACCCACCCCCCAGGUGUACAUCAGUCUGAUAAAGAGCGAUCCCGAAGGGAGCGAGUUCUCCCCCUGCUUCACCGAGCUGCAGAGGAAUUUCAUCAUGGCUCUGCCCACCAAACUCAAGAGUCUGAUCCGCCUGGUGAAACGCUGGUACAAACAGUACGUCCUUCCCCACAAAAAGGAGCUGGGGAAGGGGGAGUCCCUGCCCCCCCAGUACGCGCUGGAGCUCCUGUCUGUCUACGCCUGGGAGCAGGACAGCAGGGAUCCAGCCUUCAACAUGGCUGAGGGCUUCCGGACGGUGCUGGAGCUGAUCCGGCAGUACAAGCAUCUCUGUGUCUACUGGACCAUCAACUACGGCUUUGAGAAUGAAACCCUGAGACAGUACCUGGAGUCUCAGCUCCGCAAACCCAGGCCCAUCAUCCUGGACCCGGCGGAUCCAACGGGCAUCGUGGGGCAGGGGAGCCGCUGGGACCUGGCUGCACAGGAGGCUGAGCGCUGCUGUGACCAGCGAUGCUGCUGGAAGCGCAAUGGAUCCGCGGUUCAGCCCUGGCAUGUGCCGCCGCAGCAGCCACGGAUUGCAGCUGAAGGUGAUUUCGUCCUGCAUUCUCAGACUACGGAUGACGAAUACCCCAUCACUGAGAACCGGAUGUUUGCACAGGAUGCAGAGCCGGAAUCCUACUGCACUCUCCUCUGACAUCUGCCUCUCAGCGCCCCACCCCAUCAGGAGCCCUCCCUGGGGCAGGGUGGGCAUUACUGGGGGGUGGGGGUCUCUCCCUGCUCUGCAACUUCCUCCUUUCAGAAAAUGGCUCCUGGGGCCGGUUGAGGACCAGCCCUGGUGGGACGUGACCAAUCGGCUCGUGCUCUGUGCUCCCCCAGCUCCCUUCCCCAUCCCUGCUCUCUCUGGGGCUUGGCUGCAGUGACAGCCAGAGCCCCCGUCUAGACCCCUGCAUCCCUCCUGCCCCAGUAACAGCAGGCAGCACCCCCCAGGCCACCCCCUGUUGACUGCGAUGGAGAGCACAGCGGGAGCCGGGCCUAUAAUAAUGAUCCCCUGUUGUGAGCACUACGCUCUGUCUCCGGCCAAGGGAUCCCCUGCCUGUGACCCUGGUUAUUGCCUUGGCUGCCUGCUCGGGGCUUGGCACCCCUUCCUGUCCGGCACUGGGUGAGAGGAGCAAGGCCUGCUGGGUGGCACUAGCGCUGCUCCAGCGGGGCCAGGCGUGGAGGGGAUGUCAAGGGGUUCAGAGCCCGGCUCAGGAAGGGAACACGGCUCACGUUUGCUCCUUGACACUCUGCACCAAAGGGGUGGUGCACACGGGAGCCAUAGCUGCCCCCUGCCUUCUGCUCCUCUCCCAGCAUGCACCCUGGAGCCUCACUUCUCCUUCCCGCCACUUCUGGUGCAGGGGACCCGGGAAGGGGUGGGGCGGAAUUGCUCUGGCUGGCUCUGCGUGAUGGGCACCGUGAUCUCCGAGUGUUUCCCUUGCCAGCCUCAGGGGACUGGUUCCACGGGGUGUCAAGCUGUGACGUGGUUUCUCCUGCCUGGGGGUAUUUGCCCUUCCUGUUGCUUGCUGAGAUAUGUGCCCUUUGGGGGUAUGUUUGAAGGGUAGCUGGUGGGGAACCACACACUCAAUGGGGCAAAUCCCCCUUGAGUGAAACAUGGGGUUUGAGCGUUGGCCUGCUAAACCCAGGAUUGUGAGUUCAAUCCUUGAGGGGCCAUUUAGGGAACGGGGUAAAAAAAACAAAACAAAAAAACCCCACCUGUCUGGGGAUUUGUCCUGCUUGGAGCAGGGGGUUGGACUAGAUACCUCCUGGGUCCCUUCUAACCCUGAGAUUCUAUGGGUCCCGCUGGGUUUCUAUUGGCUGGGCAGGAAGGGAGGUGGGAGGGGGUUAGUCUGUCACUGCCCCACAGGGACGUGUUUCCGAGUGUCCUGGGGAAGAUGUUUGCAGGGAGAGUUUAUCCUGGAAUGUCCCCUUGGACCAGCUGGGAUUUAGUGUCAAACACGUCAUUUAUUCCCAUGAACCCAGCCAAUCCCCCCUGCAGGGAGGGGGAGCUGGGGCCUAUUGCAGCUUGGGUAUCAUCAACAGAUUGAGAGCUACAGUCAGUCCUCGUUAGCGUCACUUUAUUAGUGGUGAAUACAGCUGUGCAAUCGUUAUUCCUUUCUGUGCUUGCACCUUUAAUCUCUCGGGACUGCACAGUCUCAGCCAGGCGGCCGUUCGGCCGAGUCAGGGGAGACGCACACCGUGCUCCCUCAUGGAGACUUUACCUAGGUCCUUUCUUGUAUUUUUAUUGUUCUCUUAACGGAAAUAAAAGUCACUUGAAUGAU